AUGACUACCAGCAAAUCCUUCACGGCAGAAACUGGCGGCUUGGAAAUCGCCAAAGCCUACUCAUCCCAAAUUACUGGUAAAACAAUUCUCAUCACUGGUGUCUCCCCUGGAGGUAUUGGCGAGGCUACUGCUCGCGCAUUUGCCCACGGAGGUGCAUCUAUCGUCAUCGCAACUGGACGCAAUAAAGCCCGAGUCGAAGGCGUGACCAAAGAACUCUCGGUUGAAUACCCAUCUACAAAGUUCCUCAGUGUCAUUUUCGACCUCGCCUCCCUUAAAGACGUCCGCCGUGCUGCGAACGAAAUCCUUGGUGAUAAAUCCAUCGAGAAAAUCGACAUCCUCGUCAACAACGCUGGCGGCAUGUUCGAAAGCCCCGAGCGUGAACUCACAGUCGACGGUAUCGAGAUGCAUCUCGCCGCCAACUAUCUGAGCCACUUUCUUUUCACCAAGCUGCUCCUCCCACGACUGCUUGCGGCCGCCAAGGUAAACCCUCCUGGCGCGACCCGCAUCAUUCCUGUAGGCAGUGAGGCCAUCAAUUUCAGCCCCUUCCGUUUUAGCGACUGGAACUUUGACCACGAUAAGAAACUCGCCGCCGACGAGAGGCCCAAUUGGGACCUCCUCACUAAUGUGACGGGAAUCCCAGAAACCACAGAAUUCAACGUCUUCGUUGCGUACGGGCAGAGCAAAACCGCCACUGCACUUUUCACGGUCCAGCUCAACACAUUGCUUGCCAAGGAGGGGAUCUUUGCGUUCUCACUUCAUCCAGGAAGGGUGAGAAGUACAGCAGCGCUAGGGGUAGUAGCGUCGUUGUCUGAAGAUCAGAAGGAGUUAGCUGACAAGACAUUUACCAAGACUAUUGAUCAGGGGAGUUCGACGAUUUUGAUGGCGGCUACAGACCCUGGAUUGAAUCCUGAGAAAGGGGUGUGGUUGGAGGAUAAUCAGCUUGCGGAGCCGGUUGCGUGGGCGGUUGAUAAGGAGAAGGCUGAGAGGCUGUGGAAGUUGUCUGAGGAGAUUAUCGCUGAGAAACUGGGGAAUUAA